UAUCUCUGUGUUUCUCUCUCUAUCUCUGCAAUGACGAAGAAGAAGGAGAGGAAAGUGAACGUCUCGGGAAAACCGAAGCAUUCACUCGACGUGAAUCGCAGCAAUGACACGAAGAAGGAGUCACGCUCCGCCGCCACCGUGCGCCGCCUCAAGAUGUACAACACGAGGCCAGUUCGCGACCGCAAGGGAAAGGUUUUGACCAACGAAUAUCAGUCUAAGGAGCUUCCCAGCACGCGAAUCCAACCUGAUCGCCGUUGGUUCGGGAACACUCGGGUUGUGAAUCAGAAAGAGCUUGAGUUCUUCAGAGAAGAGCUGCAGAGCCGCAUGUCGAGUAAUUACAAUGUUAUUCUGAAGGAGAAGAAAUUGCCACUGUCACUCCUCAACGACCACCAAAAGCAAUCAAGGGUUCACCUUCUUGAUAGACAGCCUUUUGAGGAUGCAUUUGGACCUAAGACUAAAAGAAAGCGCCCCAACCUCUUGGCGGCUGAUUAUGAGUCCUUAGUUAAGAAAGCUGAUGGUUCUCAAGGUAAAACUGCUUCUCUAUAAUUUAGUACUCCCCGUUUGAAAAUUAUUGCUGUUGUGUAUGAACAUUAGUAUGAUUAUUGUCUAUCCCCUAUGUUAGUUAUGGUCUUUGGUAUAUAUAACCCUUCCAUAGGUGGUUAUUGUGAACGUGGGUAGUUAUAGAAACCCAUCAUGUAAUCGUGGUAGGGCCCACUUUGGGUUAUAGUAUUUUGGCCGACUUCCCUUCCGGGUAAAACCCCAUCCGGGUUCUAUCAACUCUUUUCCUUGACUAUUGAUACCCGGAUGUAUAAACCCGGAACAUUAAGCCCCCAAGCUCGGAGUGCAAUGUCUAUUUUACUCCGAGUUUAUAAGUUAUUUUACCCCUUAUAUCUUCUCUUUCUUAUACGUCAGCAUCCUCAUUAAAUGCUUCCUACUUAAUCCUAAUCUUGAUUGCCAUUUGUCACUUUCUUGUUGCCUUGAUUCUCCAAACGGUUGCCCAUCUGAAACGUCAUAUCCUGACAGCCAUUAUUGUCCUUCGAGAUUCGAAAAGCCCGUUACUUUUUCGCUUCUCUUUAUUACUACCUACUUUGAUUUUCCCAUUCACCCCUUUCCUUUUUCUCCUUAAAACCCCCACCUUCUUUUCCAUCAUCUUCUUCUUCAUCUCCUUCUCUUUUAAGUUUUC